AUGCAGCCUGCGCAAUCGCGUCCCGAUGUAGACGAGAAACAAGCCCUUGACGUCCCCGAGGCUUACGAGGCCGAAUCAAACGAGUUCGUGGACGAAGCCUUGCAGUUGGUCGGGCGAGAGAGACAUGCGCUGUUUAGCGAUGAAUACAAUCUGCAGCUCAGACGCAAGCUAGAUCUAUGGAUCCCACCUUUGUGUGGACUGGUCUACUUCACCCAGUUCUUAGAUAAAACGUCUAUCAACUAUGCGAGCAUUAUGGGAUUUCCGAUUGUUGGACAACAUUAUAACCUCGUAUCCCUUGCGUUCUACCUUGGAUUUCUCAUCUCCGAGUUCCCCACCGUGUACCUAGCACAGAGGAUUGGCCGGAUGUCCAAGUAUCUUGGCGUCAAUGUCAUUGUCUGGGGUGUAAUCCUCAUGCUUCAUGCAACUGCGUCAUCAUUCUCUGGCUUCUUCGCCUUGCGGUUUUUUCUCGGAAUGUGUGAAAGCUGCGUCGCGCCCAUACUCAAUCUACUCAUUUGCAUGUUCUACAAGAAGAAUGAGCAGGCGCAGAGAAUAUCCUGGUUCUACUGCGGCAUCGGACUGGCCCAGAUCGUCGGAGGCUUCGUCGCAUACGGGAUAUCAUUUUAUCAAGGACCGCUGAGGCCAACGUACAAACUUCUAUAUGUGAUCUUCGGCGGCCUCGCGAUCCUGGUCGGGAUCUGCGUACUGCUGCUCUUGCCAGACUCUCCUGUGCACGCGUCGCAUCUGUCCAAGGAGGAGAAGAUUGCGGUGCUGGAGCGCAUACGUGACGAGCAAAUAGGUACGGAGAAUCGCAAGCUCAAGCGCGAUCAGAUUCUUGAAGCGUUUUCGGACGUGCGUACCUGGCUGGUGGUCUUCAUGACCAUGAUGACCAGCAUUCCUCAAGGCGGUCUCGGAAGCUUUAGCAACAUCAUCAUACGUAACUUCGGAUACACUGCGAAGGAGACCCUCAUCCUCGCCACUCCGCAAGGAGUAACUGCUAUUCUUUCUGUUCUGCUUUGCGCGUGGUACGGGGAUCGCAAGGGUAACCGGAUGAUACCCAUUGUGUUCGGAUUGCUACCGACCAUCCUUGGCACGGCGCUGAUGAUCGGUUUCAACAAAUCUGGGGAUAAAGGAGUGCUGCUCUUCGGUACGAUGUUGCGAUCUUCAUCUGGCUUGUUUGGUUCUCACUUAAGCAGCGAUCUAUAUCACAAACUCGUUCAGCAGCAGUUUAUCGAUGAUAUACGCGUACAACUCGUCAAACACGGCUGGGCAUUCAAAGAAGGCCCGUCCGGAUCAUACCAUACCACGAUCAACGCACUGACGUUGACGUUCUUCUCGAUCGGCAACAUCAUGAUCCUCGCCUUGGCGCUACGAUCCAUCAACAUCAGACUAAACGCCAAGAAGCGCAGGGUUCUUGUAGACGAAGCACGAAGGCGGGGCUGGACGGACGAGGACAUCAAACGAGAACGUGACAAAUCUGCAUUCCUCGAUCUGACGGACAAACAAAACCUGUUCUUCACGUACACCGCAUAG